GGGGGGGGGGGGGGGGGGGGGGGGCGUGGAGGCAGGCCAACCAAGCUUCCAUAGAGACUUGCUGUUUCCCAGCUUGGAGAAGUGACUAACCUCUAGUCUCAGUGUUCUCAUCUGUAGAAUGAGGACAACACCAACCUUGCAAUGGAUGUGAAGCACUUUAAAGAUCCAUGGCACUUGGGACUUAAAAAUAACAGUAAUUCCCAAACUAUUUAUUGAGGGCCUAUAGGAGUGACCUGACAGGCGGACCCAGUUGGGUGUGGGAUAGGCUCCAAACUGGCACUUGAGAUAGUCUGAUUAUUUUGAUGAAUGCUCAACAAAUACCAGUCCAUUUCUCAUCCAAAAGCCCAGGAAAGCAGAAACAAGGAAAGGACAAAAUCCUUGGACCACUAGAAGAGCCCCCCUACUCCUAUAUCAGUUCUUAGAGUAGCCUCAAACUAACCCACUUUCCUGGCAGUAAAACCGAGGGGCAGAUUUCUCCUCUUCAGCGCCAGGUCAUGGAACCCAAGAGCCAUGCCUCCGAGGCCCAAUUCAUUUGCCAUCUCCCUAAGGGACUGGGCGGCCCAGACUCCCACGCCGCAUACUUACCGCUCCCAGGGCGCUGACUCCCCCUAGGGGCAGGGACGGUCCCGCGCGCCCUCACUCCCUCUAGGCCAAAGAGGAGGCGGCGAGUGCUACGACCUCGAGCCCUGGGGCCUCAGAAGGUGGGGGCAGGCUGAGGGUGGUGGGGAGUUGUGUGGGCGGGAAACCCCCUUGGCAUCUGGGAGCCGCCCGGCACCCCUUCGCCCAAUGCAGAGGUUGCACUUUACAGACGCUCCCUGGGCUGUUUCUAGGCUCCCCCAAGUCCCUCCUCCGGCCUCUUCGGGUCCCCCGGACCCCGGCCUUGGAGCUGCGGAGAGCGGUGACCAGAAGGGGCCCCCAGGCCUUUGCCCUGGGUUGAGCCUAGAGGGGGUUUUGUGCUUGGAAGCACCCUCGAUUGCCCAGGGAUCCAGCGGGGCAAGCUCCGCGCUCAGGCUGAGGCGCUUGUUUAUGAGAAGAAUUUCCUCUUUCUUAAAAGGGCAAUGAUGCGAGUGGGGCCCUUAAGGAGGGACGGGAUGGGACCGGUCUGGCCCUAUCACAGAAACGGUGGGAGAGAAGGGUACCUGAGCUAGAAGGUCGUUGAAUCCCCCUCCCUGGGCUUGGCCCUGGAGAAGAUGGGACCCCGGCUAGCUGAAGAGGGAAUUGGAUGGGAGCCAGAUAAUGGAGAAAGGCAUCUUACCUGCUCCUGUCCAGAGUCCUGGACGUGUCCCCCAACUGUACCUCUGCACACUCCAGUCAGUUCACUAGGUAUUAAUUGGGUGCCAUCCCUACGCUAGACGGGCGAGCCAAGCAAGGUCCUGAAUUAAAGAUGUCAGCCUUCCAAGAGAUCACACUCCAGUAGGGGGAGACAGGUAAAUGAUACAAACCACUGUACAGUGGGCGAAGGAACGAAGUGUGUGUCAGGUGCACCUGUGAAAGAGAAAAAGGAGAGGCAAGGGUCAGAGAAGGUAACUCCUGGACAGGAUUUAGAAAGCUGAAUAGGGGGGUGGGGGGGAGGUGCAGCCAGGGGAGAAUGAACUUGCCAGGAGUGAGGGCAGGUGUGUGCAACCUUGUGGGGAGCUCUUGGAGCUUGUGGAGUUGGGAGGGGGGGUUGGGGGCUCCAGAAAAAUGAGCAAGCUGGUCAUCUGUAUAGUUAAGUUUGGCACUUACAACCUGGGGGCAAGGAAGGAAGGGAGAGGAGAGGACCAAAGAGCCAGCUGCAGGGCUACCCUGGGCCUGGGCAAAAGGUUAGCAAUGAGGUCAGGCCAAGGUCAGUCAUUUCUGGGCUGGGAGGUCCUUACAAAGGGCCGCCCUCCACCCUCCUAGUAGCUUUGGUCUUCCCAGGGGGAGGGUGGGAUGCUUCCUCAGCCCUUCAAGUGGGUAAGGACCCCUAAUGGGUACUCUCCCUUUCUACACUGACCCCCUACUUCCCUUGCCUGGGUUGGGCUCUUACCAACCCCAUCUGGCAGUUGAAGCUGAGGUGCUGAAUAAAGAAGACACUUGGCCACAGUUGCCAAACAACCGAGCUGAGUGAGCUGAGUCCCCGUGUUUCUGGCCCACAGCCCCGAUGAUUUGAUUCCUCCUGGGGAGCAAGGAGAAAUAAACUGUGGAUAAGGUGACCUGGGGCAGUGCAGUUAAGGGAUGACAGCUGGGUGUGGACACCCACACACACAGGAAGGAAACCCAAAGAACCCACCGGACCCCCACAGAACACUUCCACCAGCUCCUCUGUCCUCACCGACCCCCAAGACCCUGCACUGUAGAGGGCCUCCUGACUCCUUCACUGGCCACCACCCUCCCUGGGGGAAGGAGCCUGGCACUGCGUUGGAAGGUCUCCCAGGGGAAAAGGCCUUGGACAGGGCUAGUGUUAGGGAUGGGAGGUGACAGGAACAGGGGUGGCGGUGGGCAGCGACCCUGCCCGGUGCCCUAUCCCUUCCUUCAGCCACUCUGACUUCUCAAGAAUUCAGCCGGCCAGCUUCCAGCCCUCAGAGAGGGAGAAACGAAAGGACAGGAAGGCGAGCCGCCCUGCUCAGGCCAGUGGGUCACUCAGUCCUCCACCACACAUUUCCUUUUGGGGUCAGUGCAAGCCGGGAUCCGGAGACGAAAGCUGACAUCCCGCCCCCCGGACCCAACCGAAGGGGAGGGGGUCUCCGCUCGGUGGCCGGAUCCUGCCUCUACCUUCGGGGGAGAGCUGGGUCUGCUCCCUUCAUUUCCCGGCGCCCAAUUUUCUUAUCUGUAUAGCAGGAGAGGAAGAGGGUCGUUCUGAGGAGUGAGCAAGAUUAAGUGGUGCAGCCAGAGCAAGACCCAAACGAAGCACUCGCCACACGUUGGCUAUUAUUUGCUUUAAAUGCUACGAUGGCGGCGGUGUGGGCGCUGAAAGGGAAGGAGGGGGGCCGUGGGGUCCAGCCCGGGGCGGGGGGCGACCAGAAGUCAGCAGCUUCUCAGAAGCCCCGGAGCCGGGGCAUCCUCCAUUCACUCUUCUGCUGCGUCUGCCGGGACGAUGGGGACGCCCUGCCUGCCCACAGUGGGGCACCCCUGCUGGUGGAGGAGAAUGGAGCUGUCCCCAAGACCCCAGUUCAGUACCUGCUCCCAGAAGCCAAGGCCCAGGACGCGGACAAGAUCUGUGUGGUCAUCGACCUGGAUGAGACCCUGGUGCACAGCUCCUUCAAGCCAGUGAACAACGCCGACUUCAUCAUCCCUGUGGAGAUUGAUGGGGUGGUCCACCAGGUCUACGUGCUGAAGCGGCCCCAUGUGGAUGAGUUCCUGCAGCGAAUGGGCGAGCUCUUUGAGUGUGUGCUGUUCACCGCCAGCCUCGCCAAGUAUGCAGACCCAGUAGCUGAUCUGCUGGACAAGUGGGGGGCCUUCCGGGCACGGCUGUUUCGUGAGUCCUGCGUCUUCCACCGGGGCAAUUACGUGAAGGACCUGAGCCGGCUGGGCCGAGACCUGCGGCGGGUGCUCAUCCUCGACAACUCGCCCGCCUCCUACGUCUUCCAUCCAGACAACGCCGUACCAGUGGCUUCCUGGUUUGACAACAUGAGUGACACAGAGCUCCACGACCUCCUGCCCUUCUUCGAGCAGCUCAGCCGUGUGGAUGAUGUGUACUCAGUGCUCAGGCAGCCGAGGCCCGGCAGCUAGUGAGGCGCCCUGGGGCCGGGACCUGCCCCUGGCCGGCGCCCACACCCCUCACACGUGGACUCUUCCUUAAGAAAACCUAGCGGCCACCUCAGCGACAUGGGGAAGUGGGCCCUCCCCGCCUGCCUGGCCAGGCUGUGAAAGGGGCAGCAGGCUGCACCAAGGGCGAUGAGCCCCUGGGUCCCUGUGUCCGUGCCUUAGAACCUCCUCCUUCUUCUUGGGGGACCUGUGGGGCCCUGCGUGCAGCUCCCCCUUUCUCUCUCUCUGCUGCCAUGUUUCUCUGCUGCCAAAUUGGGCCCCUUGGCCCUUUCUGGUUCUGCUUGGGGGAGGGGCAGGGUUCUUGCUGCCCCAUCCCUUGGGCCCCCAGCCUGGGAACAGUGGACACCAAGUGCCUUGCAUAGAGCCCUUUUCCCUGCCCUGUUUCUCCGGGGCCACAGUCAGGUCAACUCUUGCCUGGAACGGUCUCCGGAUGGCUGCAGUCGAGCCAGGUCCUCCCUUGGGACUGAUACAGACCCCACCAAUCUCUGCCUAGAAUGGCAGGGACGAAAGAUCUGUUACCACUUGUGAAGGGGGCAGGGUGUGUGUCCUACGGGACCCCAGAGUCCAGCUGCUCUAGGCUCAGCAGCAGCUGAAGGCUGCUCUCCAUGCCAAGACCUGACCCCUCACAUCUGCCUUGACCACCCCCGAGGCCCUGGGGCUUGGCUCCCCAGCUCCUAGUGUGGGGGCAUAGGCAAGACCCCUUUGUGGUGCAUAUAAAUAUGUAUAUGUGUAUAUAGAGUUUUAGGGGAAGGGGAGAGGGAAGGGCUGGGGUAAAGACACCCCUCCUUCACCCCUUUCCUGGACCCAUAAAUUGGGGGGAGGGAGGGAAAGGAUUUUUACAUUUUUUAAACUGCUAUUUUCUGAAUGAAAUAGGCUGGGCCAAGAGGUCCCAAGCCCUGUCUUCUGUCCCUCACACCCUCUUUGCUCCAAUUAUUCAUUCAAAACACAUUAGCACCUUCUCUGUGCCCAGCUCUGUGCUAGGCCCACCAGCUGAGCGUGUGGGGGGUCUCUGCGCCUAAUCAGUGCCUCCCCCACCCACUUCAUACUUCACCGGUGCCUUUAGGAGAGCUGCAGGAGGUGGGACCCUUCUCCUGGGGCUUGGGGGUCUCCAGGAAGCCUGGCCACGCUGUCCCCCCUCCCCAGUGCCAACCCAUCCCCUGUCCACCCCAGCCUCACCCCCUGCUGGCUGGGGGCAGCUCCCAGGAUAUCCUGACUUCCAGCUCUGACUUUAUCUGGAACCUCUUCCCCCGAAUGCUGAGCCUGGAGGUCAAGGCCUUGGGCUGUCCCCAAGGCCUAACGGUUAAGGGGACCCACGUAGCAGUGCCAACGGGGGUGUCAAGUGGAGAUGUAAUUGCCCCUCCGCUGCCCCCAGAGAUCUGGGGGUGGGAGGGAAGACAAGGUUGGCCUGAAUCGGAUGACCUUCCCAUUUAAGUGCCUUCUCUGCCUGAGAGCCCCACAAUAUGACAAGAACUAAAGAGAAUGCCAGACCCCCCA